UGUUUCCGGUCAGAAGAACUUUGCUUGGGAAAAGUUCGAUGGUUUUGCAAACGAAAUAGUUGAUUUUAUUUAUAAAAUGGAGCAAGCGCCGACCUUAGAUACUGUAAAUCAAGCUUUACAAGCACUUUAUAACAAUCCAGAUGUUGUUGGAAAAGAAAAGGCAUCGGUUUGGCUUGGAGAGCUUCAGAGAUCUGUAUUUGCCUGGCAGAUAGCUGAUCAGCUACUGCGCCUUAAUCAGUCCCUAGAAUCAUGCUACUUUGCAGCUCAGACAAUGAGAACAAAGAUCCAGUAUGCCUUCCAUGAACUGCCUCAGGCCUCACACCAGUCACUGCGAGACUCGCUAUUAGAGCAUGCUGGGAAGAUUACCCCUGAUACACCUGCUGUUAUUGUCACACAGCUUAGCUUGGCCUUGGCAGACCUUGCCCUGGAGAUGGCAACAUGGAAAGAUGCUGUCUCAGAUCUCAUUCAGAAAUUUGGCUCCAAUAUGCAGCAGCUGCCAUUCCUGCUGGAGGUCCUUACAGUCAUGCCUGAAGAGAUCAACAGCCGCUCCCUCCGCCUGGGAGCCAACAGAAGAACGGAGAUCACUGAGGAGCUGGGGAAAUCCUGCCCUCUAGUCAUACAGCUACUGGCUGCCUGUGUCGACAGCGUGGAGGGCAACCACCGGGUCCAGGCCAAGGUGUUCCGGGUACUUGGCAGCUGGUUCAGUGUUGGCGCCAUCCCCAGUGACAGCAUCCUUAACACAAAACUCCUGCAGGCUCCAUUCCAGGCACUAGCAAGUCGAGAGUGUCCGUCUCACCUACAUGAGGCAGCCACAGACUGUGUGUGUUCCGCUCUCUACUGUACUGAGAGUUUGUCAAAGAAUCCAGCGAUGGCACAGCAUCUGUUUGAGGGAGUUCUCACUCUACCCACAGCUUACCAUCUCUCAGUGGCGGAUGAGGAUUCUGACAAGUCAGUCAACUACUGCAGGAUAUUUACAGAAAUGGCAGAGUCAUUUUUAGAAUCUAUUGUUUCCACACCAAAUCAGGCUCUUGGGGAUUUUAGAACACUGGAACUUUUGUUAACCUGUGUCGGACAUCACUUGUACGAGGUUGCCGAGAUCACCUUCAACUUCUGGUACCGACUGUCAGAGGAACUCUAUCAGCUGAACUCAGUGGACAUGAAUGAAAUAUUCAAACCCUACAUCCAGAGACUAAUUGUAGCACUGUCACGCCAUUGUCAGAUGGAACCUGAUCAUGAGGGGGUUCCAGACGACACAGGAGACUUUGGGGAGUUUCGUCUCCGAGUGUCAGAGCUCAUCAAAGAUGUAGUAUUCAUUGUUGGGUCUUCAUCCUGCUUUUCACAGAUGUUUGAGAACCUGAAGAACCAGGCCUCAUCCUCCUGGGAUCUGUCCGAGUCCUCCUUGUUCGUCAUGAGUGCUGUCGCCAAGAACAUUCUCCCGGAUGAGAAUGAGAUUGUGCCUCAGGUGUUAGAGGCUGUGUUGUCACUUCCUAAUACAGCCCACGUCGCUGUCCAGUAUUCUAGUAUUCAACUCAUCGGAGAACUCUGUGAAUGGAUAGAGAGACACCCACAGUAUCUAGACCCAGUAUUACAGUACCUCCUGGCUGGCCUCCAGCAACCCCUUCUCGCAUCCAUAUCUGCCAACAGUCUACAGAGCAUCUCUACACAGUGUCGAGACCACAUGAUCGAACACUUCUCUGGCCUCAUACAGAUUGUGCAGGCCAUGGGAACCUUCAAUCUCUCAAAUGAUGCUGCAAUAGGACUACUUAAAGGUACAGCCACAAUUCUGGGCCGUCUUCCUCACGGUAAAGUCACAGAGGGCCUUCAACAGUUGUGCUCCAUACAGUUAUCUCCCCUGAACAAAUUAAUAUCAGAAGAAAGUGGGCCAGUGAAACAUGGGUCCAUCAACGACCCCACACUAUGGCUAGACAGACUAGCAGCAGUCUUUAGGUUUACAAACCCCAGUGUGUCCAACGGGCAGGUGCAUCCGUGUCAACCAGUCAUACAGGAGGUGUGGCCAGUAUUAUCUAACGCAUGUAACAAGUACCAAGCAGAUGUGAGGAUCAUUGAGAGGUGUUGUCGCUGUAUUAGGUUUGCAAUCCGAUGCCUCGGGAAGAACUCCGCUACAUUGUUAACACCCUUAGUCACACAGAUGGUGAGUCUCUACCAGGUCCAUCAGCAUUCAUGUUUCCUGUACCUAGGCAGUAUUCUGGUAGACGAGUAUGGUACAGAACAAGGCUGUAUACCAGGGCUUCUGGACAUGCUGCAGGCUUUUUGCGGACCAACAUUUAAAAUUCUAGAAGAACAUAAUGGUCUUCGCAACCACCCUGAUACAGUAGACGACUUAUUCCGAUUAUGUCUUAGGUUCAUCCAGCGAUCACCAGCAUCCUUCCUACAGAGUCAGAUGGCCAAGCCUCUCCUGUGUUGUGCAAUAGCUGCGUGCUCCCUUGAUCACAAAGACGCCAAUGCGUCAGUCAUGAAGUUCCUAACAGACUUCAUCAAGUGUGCAAGAGAAAAAGAAGACAAGGAGGACUUUGAGCUGCGGAAGACAGCAGUAACAACGUUACUUAAUGAUCACGGUCAAGCCCUAGUACAUGCAUGCAUCAAUGCCUGCAUCUUCUGUCUGCCCACUUAUAUGAUACCAGAUGUAGCUGAAGUCCUGUAUGAGCUCAUGCUGAUUGACAGGGCGACGUUCUGUGUAUGGUUGGAGACAACGCUUACUGCCCUGCCAACUGAAAGUAGCGGUGGAGCCAUCACGGCCACAAAGAAACAGCUGACAGAUUUCCAUAAAACAGUCACAAGUGCAGAGCAUCUCAAGCCUGUAUCCCAUGCCAUCAGAGAUUUCUCCCGCCUAUACAGAUAGAAACAACUAGUUGUCUGGAUAACACUACACACAUAGACACAGCUAGUUGUCACUCAUGCAGUAUCCUGGUGCUAGUCAAUGCGUGUGACAGAAGCCAUUGUGUCCUGGAUCGCCAAGACUCCCACUGCUUAAGCAGGCCUUAAGUAGAUGUUAUGUUUGCCUUAGCUGAGCUUAAGUAUGCCUUAAGUUCUCCAGCUGUGAUAAGCGAACAGUGUUGCAUGUGUCACAAAGCCCUUCUGAAGAUCUGCCAUGUCCUGAUGCUUUUCCUGACUACCUUGUCACUGAGUUCUGACUGAAGAAUACAUGGCAAAACAUUUAACCUGAUGACUUUCAUGAACAUGUUUUGACUGUUGAAGGAACACAGCCAGUUACAUGCACUCUAAGUCCUCUUGUAAAGGGGACACCUUGUGUUAUGAAUGGUAUCUGAUGGUAAUGCUAAUGAAGGCCUUCUCCUUGUGCUGUUGCUGCUCAAUUUGAUCCUUUAAGGUGAUACUCAAAUGGAGUGAUAAUCUCGACUCCUAUUUCUCCACUCGACCACAGUGUUUGACAUGUAUCAGGCUAGUGAGUCUCUGCAUGUGCUACAGAAAUUCUCUGGAAACUUGUACCCCAUUGUAUGCUGUAUGAGAUGAAGAAUUUGUGAUAUUAAUGUUUAUGCAGGGUUACACUGAUGUCUGUAUAGCCAUACUAUCCCUGAUUAUAUUGACAUCUGUUUAGUCUAUACUAUUGUAGGUUAUAUUGAUAAAUGUAUAGCCCUAACUAUGCAGGGUUAUAUUGACAUCAAUAUAAGCCAUACUAUCCCAGGUUGGACUGACAUAUGUUUAAUCUUGACUAUCCUGGGUUACGAUAGAUGUAUAACCACACUAUCUCAGGUCAUACUGACAUCCAUGAUCCUUGCUUGUGGAUUCUGCCCCCCAAAUUAUGCUGAUGUUGAAAUACUGAAAUUCAAAGCAGUAUUUAUCUUAGAUCCAUUCAUAUAUGAAGCUGUAAUUGAAUACUUGAACAGAAUAGAGAAGGACAGAGAAGAGUCUUGUUUCUCUCGAUGCCAUAAAUAUGAAAGCAUCCUCUUACACCACUGUCACAACUAGCAAGCAACAGUACUUCCUACCAGGUGAUUAAUGAUAUGUCGAACCAGGAGUGUUAGUGGACAGGCCAUGAGUUAGCCUACGGUAUGAGUGUUGCCUGUUGCUCACUUGUGUUGUAGUGUAUCCAGACAUUGUAUAUUACUUGACUGUGAUUUCUCGGGUACACCCAGUCCAGAUGGUGAAUGCCAAAAGGGAUAGUGAAUGCCUUUCAUAUGUUUGCAGCAGAAAGGUGAAUGCUUGUUGGACAAUACUUGGUGCAUCAGAUGCACUAGUUAAAUGUCAGAACUAGGGGGGAUGUAUCUUGAUACAAGCAGUGAAUGCCAACCAGGUUGUGAAUGCCUUCAGUACUUCAGCUCCUGAAAGUGAAUGCCAAUAUAUUGUUUUAAGUUACAUUGACAUCAGAAUGUCACAAAGCUUAGUGAAUGCUGAUCAGCUAAAAAGUGCACACCAUUUAUCCAUUUGCUUAAAAAAUAUCCCCCAUUCAUUGGAUUGAGAAGGGGGAAUGCCUUUGAUCCAUUGGAUUGAGAAAAGGAUUGCCUUUGGUGCAUUGGAUUGAGGAAGGGAAUGCCUUUGGUCCAUUGGAUUGAGAAAAGGAUUGCCUUUGGUGGAUUGAAUUGAGGAGGACGAAAACGUUGGUCCAUUGGCUAGAGAAGGGGAAUGCCUUUGUCCAUUGAAUUGGGAAGUGGAGUACUUUUGGUCCAUUGGACUGAGAUAGGGAAUGCCUUUGGUGCAUCGGAUUGAGAAAAGGAUUGCCUUUGGUGCAUUGGAUUGAGGAAGGGAAUGCCUUUGGUCCAUUGGAUUGAGAAAAAGGAUUGCCUUUGGUGCAUUGGAUUGAGAAGGGGAAUGCCUUUGGUCCACUGGAUUGAAAUAGGGAAUGCCUUUGGUCCAUUGGAUUGAGAAAGGGAAUGCCUUUGGGGCAUUGGAUUGAGAAGGGGAAUGCCUUUGGUCCAUUGGAUUGAUAUAUGGAAUGCCAUAGGUCCAUUGGAUUGAGGAGGACGAAAACGUUGGUCCAUUGGCUAGAGAAGGGGAAUGCCUUUGGUCCAUUGAAUUGAGAAGUGGAAUGCCUUUGGUCCAUUGAAUUGAGAAGUGGAAUGCCUUUGGUCCAUUGGAUUGAGAAGGAGAAUGACUUUGGUCCACUGGAUUGAAAUAGGGAAUGCCUUUGGUCCAUUGGAUUGAGAAAGGGAAUGCCUUUCGGGCAUUGGAUUGAGAAGUGGAAUACCUUUGGUGCAUUGGAUUGAGAAGUGGAAUGUCUUUGGUGCAUUGGAUUGAGGAGGAGGAACACCUUUGGUCUUUGGUAAAUGUCUUCAGUUUAUUCCCUCAAGAAUAGGUGUUAACGAUUUCACUGAUCUUGUUAUGUGGCUGUAUAGUGUGGUAUUGUACUUACUCCUAGGUUCCUGAAUGGAACACCAAGUGCACUGAAACUGUUGUUCACACUAUGAUGCUGUCCAUGCUAUUAAAUAAGGAGGUAGUCAUUAGCUGCAGUUCUUAAUUUCUUCUUGGACACAUAAAACAUUUCAGCAGAAGAAACUUCUGGAGUGUUAAUCCUGGUUUGUAUCAAGGCAGUACCAGCAAAUGUUGUCCGAGGACGAGAGAAUUCCAUCUGUUGUAUUUGUUAAACUGUGCAAUCAUCAGUGGUCUGUAGACCCCAGAGAUUAAUUAAUGUGUGCACAUCAAUACGAGCACCAGCUGACGUGGCAGAUCCUGUCCAGUGAAGGAUAGAAUUGUGUUCACCUAUAAUGGUCUUUCCUAAAUGAAAAGGAGUGUUGAUAUCAAUGUGGUUCUUAUACACAAGUUGAUUGUUCUGUGUCUCCCAUGCUCUUCCAGUAGGGUUACAGUGGUGUUGCAUCAUUAAGUAUGACAGUCCUCAGGCAACCGGUCUACAAAACAAGCAUGUGAAGAACUGCAUCCUUCACAUUUUCCAUCUCACUGUUCAUUACUAACAGAAUUUCGUCUUCUGGCCAUUUCCUCAUGUAAGGUUCAGCCAGAUUGUCCACUGCUGAUCAGAGUUGCAUCCCUUAAAAUUGCCAGGAUCCCAUAACUUUUAGAUACUAUUAGUUCCAUAUCUAUGUUCUUUGCCUUUUACUUGAACUUCAUUCAUCUACAAACUGCUUAUGGGUAUCACACUAGGCUGGCAAGCCCUGAGAUGACCAGUUUAACUUGUCCCCCUGAUGUGUUUAAUGUUGCUAAAAGCAGCAUAAAAAUAUCCUUAUUAGUGUCAUGCUUCACAGACUUUUACUAUGUUUUGAUAAAAUCAAAAUUGCUCUAUUUUUAGCUAUAAAUUCCAAUGUCGGUUUCCAUUGUGGGGGAAAAUUCCAUUGUAAAAAUACUUUGUUUCAUGUAUUAUUAAUCAGAAGCCCAGCAGACUCACAAAAUUAACUUAAUACAACAUUAACUUUGAAAUAACAUUUUUCCUUUCAAUGUUUUUUUUCUCUUGACUAUUAUCCUAGCCUUGUGAGGGAUAAGCUCAUCUGUUAAACAAAUCAUUAAUUGGUCUGCCCUCUAUACAUUCGACGGCUGUUAUACAUAAUGAUGUGUCAAUUACAAUAUCUUCCUGUAAAGAGCGAGGUUUUGGAAUUCAACAUGCUGUAAUUAGUGCUUGCUGUUGAAAUCAAGUUUUGGAAAGGAAUUGGUUGUGUUUUGUGUAUUUUCAAUGUUCAAGUUGUACCUGAUGACAACUUGUCAUGUCAUGUCUAAGAUUAUUCCAUCAAAACAAGAAAGUAUAUGAAUCAUCAGGCUUGUUGUAGGUAGUCUGGUGAUUAUGGUAACACGUUCAAUCAGAAGUUGCUUCAGUUCACAUGAUUCUGAUCUUGACUCAUCAGGAAACCAUGAACAACGGUCUGAAUUUCAAAACCUAUGGAUUUAGUUGAGUGUUGAUAUUUGUGUUGUACAUUUUGUAAACAGUGUCUUCUUCUGUUGGUAUCUGUACAUUGUUUUAGAACAUUUGUGGAUGUUUAAUCCCUUGUUAUAUUUAUUUCUUUUAUGUUCACAAUUUGGUCUGUUGUUGUUACAGACGUGAGAUGAUGUUAGAGUAACAUUGUUCUUUGGGGGUCACCAUCCUUCUGCGAAUCAUGAACAAAGCUGCAUUUAUCAAUCCCUGUAUUUUAUUAGUGAAGGAUGUCUGCUGGAAUGUUUUCGUGUUCUGUUUGUAACUUAAACUAUCGUUUGUUAGAAGUGCUUUAAUGACAUGUUAUGUCAGUCAGUCAGUCUAAUGUAUAGUGAUGCAUCUGAGAACCCGAGAUUUAAGGUCUCUGCUUGCUUGUGGCAAAGACCAUGACCUAUGAGUUCCCAACAUCCUACCCCAGGUGUAGGACUUUCUGACUUUGUCAGCAUCACUGGAACAUAACUGUUUUUAGAUUUUGUCCAACGAACCAGAAAGGGCAAGUCCUUAUUUAUUUGCUUGAAUAUUUUCUUUUUAAGGUUUUGUGGUUAUGGGAGUACUGUGAUACAGGCAAACAAGGAUAAGUUGAGCACCGACCUGACAAUUGACCCGGUAUUAGCAUGCAUGAGUGCCGCCCACUGGCGCUUGCCAUCGUGAGCAAAGGGGCCCCAGUUUUUCCAUGAUCAAGCUUAGUGCUACACCGACCAUGUGAGAGUCAUAUGGGCAAGGGUGUGCAGCUAUAUUUGCGGAAUCAAUUUCAUCCUCAUGAACUGCACGUGCACUAGCCUACAUCUGCUCUACCUUUCACAAACCAAAUGGGUUUGCUCAUUGCCGUGGCCCGCCUACUUCUCAUAAAGGUGUUCUCUGUGCCGGGUCCAACUUUUCCUUGUUUGCCAGUAGGUACCUUUAUGCAACAAUGUUUACAUUGUGAAUGACUGCUGUAUUGCUAAGAUAACAUAAUUGUAAUUGUGAAUUUGUAAUGCACAUUUUCCAUGUACAAGGCACAUGCCCAAAGCGCUUACCCACAAUCUGAUUAUUAUUAUUAUCCCAGAUAACCCAAGCUGCCUUUGAGGCGUUAGAAGGUUAAUAGUCACAUGACUUAUCCCACUGGGUACCCAUUUUCUGCUGGGUGAACAGAGGCAAGUUUUAACAAACUCACUUGCCUAAGGUGAGACAACAUGUAUCACAUGUGCUUCGUUGUGGGGCAGGAAGGCUAGUACAAUGAAAUAAGGCACCAUGAUUCCCUUAGCUUCCUGACUUGACAGUUCCUAUUUUCAACAUCAAGAUCCAUUAAUCCAAACUGGUUUAGCAGACAUCCUUAAAGCUUUGUCGCUUUGUUUUAAGAUGUUUUAGUUAUUUUAAUACUUGUAAUGAAAUGCAUGCUUUGGUUGGCGUGAGUGUGGUUAUGAGUUCUGAGACAAGGUUACAUUGAAAAAUUCGAGCUCCUGUCAACUCACUAAAAUCAAUCCAUUAAACAGAUAUAAACAGAUAUAUUUUUAUCCACCUCCUGUCAAAACUACAAUGGCAGAUACCUCUUGAAGUUAUGUGUGUAAACAGUUUCUGUAGGACAAGAUUUGUUCCAGUCUUCGAUGUAUUUGUUCUUAGAACACUAAUAGUGGUCCUUCACUCUCUUUCUUGUUAAUUCUUUUGGAUCAUUGUUAUUUAAUUCCUACGUUCCUAUGUUAAGGCUAAUUUUUCUGCAUCAAGACAAUUGAAAACUGAAAUUGUACAAAUGUAUAAAUAUGUAUAUCGAUUUUGUAUAAUUGUACAUACAAAUACUCUUAGGAGAACCAUGGUGUAGAUGUGGAACAGACUUGCAUACAGUGUUGAUGGUGCUUGUGGCACUGGGUUAUGUGUCACAGUGAUGGCUUGCUAGUUACCUGUCCACUGGGUUAUGUGUCACAGUGAUGGCUUGCUAGUUACCUGUCCACUGGGUUAUGUGUCACAGUGAUGGCUUGCUAGUUACCUGUCCACUGGGUUAUGUGAAGUGUCACGGUGAUGGCUUGCUAGUUACCUGUCCACUGGGUUAUGUGAAGUGUCACAGUGAUGGCUUGCUAGUUACCUGUCCACUGGGUUAUGUGAAGUGUCACAGUGAUGGCUUGCUAGUUACCUAUCCAGAACAAAUGUCCUUGUUUUCUUCCUCUAGUCCAACUCAAUGAAAGCCAAGCUUCCAUUACCAUAAAAAUAAUCCUCUUUUGAAACAUUUCUGAAAGGUUCUGUUCUGUUGCUGUUAAUGAUAUUGAAACAUUUAAGUCCAACACUACCCUGAUUUUGAUCUACCCUUUUCUCACUUUCUCAAUAAGUUUAACUUGAUAUGAUUCCGUUUUAUUAGGCAGUAAUUCUUAAGUAUAGUUUUAUUUUCUUUAAUUACAAGUACAGUCUCUGAGUCUAAUCUUUGUCCAUCCUGUGAAACUGACAAACUGCUCAAAUCCCUGCUAGACUAGGGAUUUUACUGUCAUGCCAGUGUUUUAUGUUACCGAGGUAACUAGAGGAAUAUGGAGAUAACUUGUACCACAUUGUUACAAAUUCAGGCUUUUUUUCAUUCAGCAACUGUGCUUGCAUCUUUUUUUUUACCUUUUAUUUAUGCUGACAAUAAAUUUUAUCCAUGACA